AUGUCCAAUUCGGUGGCUUGCAUCUGCAACAUCGUACAUCCGUGUCGUAACGAAAUCGCCGGCACAUUCGUUUUGUUCCAAUGGAUUAUAACGGGCAUUGCGGCAAUCGUGAAGGUUAUACGUCCAGUUUGGCUGCUAUUUGGUGUACGUUCGCAUGUGCCGCUGAGAGAUGAGGAUUACAAUAAAACCUGGUUGUACAUGGCGAAUGGCAAUGGUGAGACCGAAUUGGCCUAUCUCCUAGAACCACCGCCGGCGAUCGAACGCAAUAUGCCGAUGUUUGUGCAAUUCGAAUACUACGGCGGUGCUCAUACGCUUACACCCUUUAUCAGCAACAUCUCAAUUGAACCGUUCGCAACUACAGUCGUUCGCCAUCGACACGCCUCCGAGGAAUGGGGCGAGCUGCUGGCGCAAUUCAAGCCCGAGUUGGAUACGAAAAUGUUGGUGCACGGUUGGAAGUCGAGCAGUCAGAGUCGUUCAAUACAAUCGAUACGCGAAGCCUACACGAAGCAUCGCAAUGUGAAUGUGUUUGCCGUAAAUUGGCGCGAGCAAGCGGAUAGCAUUUAUUACUUGAAGCCGGCGCGUUAUGCCAUCCAUGUGGGACGCGCUUUGUCGCGCUUGAUUGACUUGCUGGUGGAGGAGCACUACGCGGAUCCGCAGCGCAUACAUUUGAUCGGCCACAGUCUGGGUGCGCAUAUUAUGGGUUACGCCGGCUCGUAUGCUAGGCACAGAGUGGGACGUAUCACAGGCCUCGAUCCAGCUCGUCCCGCCUUUGAAGACUGCAUUGGCCCUGAGAAUCAUUUGGAUGCAACUGACGCAGAGUUCGUCGAUGUUAUACACAGUUGUGCUGGUGUUUUGGGAUUCAAAAAACCCAUUGGUUCGGUGGAUUUCUAUCCAAAUGGCGGACGUGCUCCACAACCGGGCUGCAGUGAGCUGGCAAAGAUUUUUACCGGCUGCAGUCACGGCCGCUCCUAUGAAUAUUUUGCCGAGUCCAUCAACAGUGACAAGGGUUUCCAUGCCAGCGCUUGUAAUUCCAUGGACGAUGUGCGAGCGAAGAAUUGUAGCGGCGAACGCAUACUGAUGGGCGAUCCAGUUCCGUUCGAUGCACGUGGCGUAUAUUUUGUGAAAACAGCGGAUAAGCCGAGCUUUGCGUUGGGUGCAGAGGAGUAAUGGGCGCACAGGGCUCGCAUAUGCGUAACUUGAACUGCUUUAUACUGACACAAACACACACACAUAUAUAUAUAUUUAUAUACAUAUUUAUGUAAUAUUUGUGUA